AAAAUUUUAUAACUGAAACCACAUAACUACAUUGUAAACACGGUUUAACAAUAUGCUCAUACUUUGACAAGUAAAUAAACUUUGGUGUUCACAGAGCUAUUCUACGAGCACUUAAAGGACAAACAAUGCAGUUCUUUGAUAAUUUGAAGUCCUUUCUUGAUAAAAACAAUCCAUUUAGUUCUUUCAAUUCCGCAUCUGACGCUAAACUUCCUGGUAGAUUUGCUCUUUUACAUGAAAACGGGGUAUUCCCAAAAGGUUUUUGGGUUUUUCUAGGCAAAGAUACUUUUAACUCAGAUGCUUUUAAAUCAAUCCCUUUUGUAAAAAAUGAUAGCUUGAUAGAAAAUCAAGAGGAAAAGUGGAUGUAUUUUAAAGAAGAAAAGAUCCGAUAUUAUGAAUUGACAGAAGCCAUUGAUGAAUCAAGUGAUUAUGCUAAUAUAAAUACAAGCGGGUUUUGGGAUGAAAAAACCAAAUUCUGGAAGGUAAAAGAUAUCAGUAUUCAAAACAAAGAUCAAAAAAAUGUAUAUGCUGCAGAAUUGGUACAACCGACAGGCUUGCAUCCCAAAUUACAAGUCAACUUAAAAAACUUGAAGCCGCCAAGCAAGCAUUGUUCUUUACGAGGCAUCCUUCAUUUACCUUCUACAUUAUUCUUUGAUCAAUACGAAUUAUCUUCAAUGGCUGAAAUGAACGCUGGAAAUUUGGAUCAUAUUAUUAGGAUUUACGGCGAAACAGACUUAGAGGCCCCAACUUAUACCCUUGCAGGUACAGGAAGCGUUUUAUGGUUCCAAGUGUUUUUAAAUGAAACAAAUACUCAUAAUCAUGCGCUCCGACUGGAGCUUCCCUUGCACACUCGUUACCAGUUACCUGCUGAAGGCUCUGUUUAUGUAGACACAAGCUUUUAUUCACCUAGUUUUUACUGGGACUGUUCUAGGAAUAGGGAACCUAUAAAAGAAGAGUAUAUUUCAAAUUUGCUUCUCAAUAGCUUUGUGCAUCCCUUAACAUUAAUUGGACCUUCCACCUUAAAUAUAAUGAUUCCAACUGCCAACAUUGAACAUGAACAUUCCGUUCGAUGGAUAACAAACACAGUGAUUCUUGGAAUGUUUUUCUAUAUAACUAUUUUCCUUAUACGAAAAGUGAAGGGACACUACAAACAGUCAUGAAAGCAGUUUACAAGAACAUGUAUACUCUAAUUCGUCAUUGGUGCUAUCAGGAAUAAUAAUGAGCCCUUCUAAGUAUUCUCUUUUUAAUAUUUUUUUAUAAUUACGAAAUUAAUAUAUGAUAGUUACUUAAAGAAGAAAAUAAUAAGUACGGAAAGAAGAACGCAAUAAAGUCAUUACACAUCA